AUGGAGCGCAACCAUCUUGACACCCAGCGAAGCACGAAUGCCGCCGCCUUCGCAGCGUCGGAGAGUAGUGCCGCUGCGGCCGGUAACGCCGACACAGGGGCAGCCACUGCCCUCGCUGCUCUACCGGUUAGCAGCCUGUACAAAGAGUCUGCUUUGCGGUUCCCGACGGCGAGCCCCGGAACCUUCGAGCCGAAGGUGCAGGUGCCGUACGCCUACAAGCGGGGCCGCAUGCCACGCGACGUCGAGAUCGAGCGCCGCCGCCGACUGUACGACAGUGAGAGCGUUGACCGUCUUUUGCAGGUCAGUGGGCUCACCUGGGAGACGCUGGCGCGUCGUAGUGCGCAAAGCCUGCCGCUGGAGAUCUUUGACGACACCUCUUACGACUGCCGCAAUCCGUCUGAGUGGAUGACGAUGGCGGCCAUGGCACCAACGCAGGCGUCUCGCUUUCUUCCAGCCGAGGCCGUGUACUACUGCGAAGACCGGGACUCCUUCGAGCUCCGCCCGUGUCGCGUGAUUGGAUGGGCCGAGGACACGAACACGAUUCGGCUCUAUUGGGGCUCCGCCCCGACGAAGGCGCGCUCCUCGUAUAGCGACGGAGGCGGUGCUGGUGCUGCAGCAUACGACGAGGACGGCGAGCCGGUGGCGACGUUGCCUCGCAUCUUUGUGCGGUUUAUUGCCGAGGAUCCAAUCGUGUACGUGCAGCGCCUGGUCAGCGCCCACACGCAGCGGCAGAAGACAACCUCGUGGAUUCUUUACCGACUGUGCUGCGACUCGAUGCUCGUGGCGAGCCUCGAAGAGCUGGACGCCGGGCUGGCAGAGCGGCUGCGCCACCUCGGCACAGACAUCCCUCAGCUCAGCCCUGCCGAGUUCCCUGACGUGGCAGAGCGCGUGGAGCGGCUGAUAUCGGAAAUUACGCUAGAGUGGCAGCGGAGCCACAACCGCCUGCUGUUGCGCGACCGCAUCUGCAUCGACGAGUCGGUGGCCCGCAUGGUCGUCAACUCCACCCACAUGGACCCCGAAGAGCUUUUGCGUGGCCCCAACCUUGCCGUCGACCGCAGCGACCGGGGCGACCCGUCCACGGUGAUCUGCGUGGAGGGUGACGGCUUCGUGUUUGCCGAGCAGGAACAGGCAUUCACGUUUGCGACGUACUUUACGCAGCCGGAGGUGGUGCAGGCGUUGACAGGGGUACAACGGGAGUGCAUGAAGGUGCUCGAGGGCUCCUUGUUCAACCUGCCCAAGGAGCGGCAGAUGCCUCUGGAGUCGUUUGUGAAGUGCCAGCGCGAGCACCUCGCCUCGGCGUCGCGGCAGCUGAAAGAGGAGUGGCUGCCGCGCAUCUGCGAGACCAUCAUCAGCAGCUUUCAGUCGGCGGGGAAGGGCUGGCUGAACACGCGCGAGGCGAAGCAGAGCGUCUACGAGAUGUCGAAGCUGAAGAAGUUCUUCGUGACGGUGAAGUUCAUGAUGGAGGACAUGCUAUUCCAGCUUGUGUACUCCUCGCUGUACUCCUUCGCAGACUUCUUCGAGGAGGUGUCGGAGUUCACGGUGACGGUGCAGGACAUGAACAACGUGGUGAACGCGUGGCCCGGGAGCGACGCCGAUGACUGCGUGGAGAAGCAGCCUCUCUUCACGAUCGACCUGAUGGAGAAGGAUGGGCACUUCUCCUACUCUAUCUCCUUCGACGACUUCGAGGCGGCCAUCGUGGAUCUAUUCAACGACGCGAUUGUCUGCACCGAGUCCAUUCCACAGGUGGAGCGCUAUGUUAUGACGCAGUACUUCUGGAGCCGCGACGGCGAGGGACCCUUCCUCGACUCGGUGAAGAAGGAGGAGGAGCACGUGUGCUUGCUGCGCGAGCGUGUGCAGACCGCUGUGCGGUCCUCGCUGGUGCCGCUGCAGACGUACCUGAACACGUACGACGAGCUCCUCCCGCUCAUUCGGCUGGAUCAGGCGGAGUUCAUCAAGAAGUACGCCGAGGCCGGGCACAGCAUGGACGAGAUGAAGGAGGAGAUUGUGCAGCACCUCCGCGCCAAGAAAAACCUGGCCGAGCGGCUGCCGCUCUUCCUCACCGUCGGCAACUUCGUCGUUGACUGCCAAUCGUUCAGCUACCUCAUGUCAAUGAAGGAGGAGGAGCUGGCACGACUGGUGAUGCGACUCAUCGGCAAAACCGGCAAGGAGGAGGCGAUGCACGUGCGGGAGGCGUUUACGCGCAUGGUCAACACGAUUGAGAAGAUGCCGCAGAGCCCGGAGAAGCUGUACGAGCUGUACGCCUUCAUGGACGGCAUGGGAGAGCAGGUGGCGGAGUUGGUGGAGCACAUCGCGGAGGUUCGCCAGUGCUACAGCAUCCUUGACGGGUUUCAGUUCGAGCUCAGCGACGACGAGUCACGCCUGAAGUGGGAGGCCAUUGGCUGGCCUCGCCAGCUGGCCCUGCGCAGUCACGCUGUACGCAAGCAGCUCGAACAGGUCCAGGAGGAGCUGCACUCUGGGCUGCAGAAGCGGCAGGAGGAGUUCGCAAAGAGGGUAGAGCAGCUGCAGCGCGUCGUCGCAACCUUCUCGAAGCACACCGAGGCGGCCGAGGCGGACAAGGUGGCGGCUGAGGUCAAGACGCACAACAUUGAGAUUCGGCAGUGCAUCGAGGAGGCCCGCUCCAUCAACAGUGACCAGCGCCUCUUUGGAGACAAGCUUUCCGACUACCGUAACGUCUUUGAGCUGGAUAAGGAGUUCAAGCCGUACAGCGACCUGUGGCUGACGACGUACACCUGGCAGGAGUCGUACCGCCGCUGGCACGCGGACGCCUUCACCACCCUCGACGCCGCGGAGAUCGAGUCGACAGUGACUGCCGCCUUCAAGACAAUGGUGAACCUCGCCAAGAUGUUUAAGGACAAGGCGGCGCUGCUCAAGAUUGUCGAAGAGGUCAAGACCGCUGUCGAGGGCUUCAAGCCGUGGGUGUCAUUCCUAACGUCGCUGCGCCACCCCGGCAUGAGGGAGCGCCACUGGACGGGCCUGUCCCAGAAGCUCGGGAUGAAACUGGUGCCUGGCGACACGCUGAUGCUUCUGGAGGACUGCGAGCCGCUGCUAGCGCACCGCGACACCAUUAUCAGCUACUGCGAGGUGGCCGCGAAGGAGUCGCAGAUCGAGAUGACGCUCAAGGACAUGCGCGCCAAGUGGGAGACCAAGUGCUUUAUCAUCGAGGCGUACAAGGAGACGGGCACGUACAUCCUCAAGGACACCUCCGAAGUGGUGGAGCUCCUCGACGAGCACCUCAACCUCGUCCAGCAGCUGCAGUUUUCCCCAUUUAAGGGCUACUUUGAGGAGUCCAUCACAGACUGGGAGCGCUCCCUCAACCUCAUCUCCGACAUACUUGAGCAGUGGCUGGAGUGCCAGCGAGCGUGGCGUUAUCUGGAGCCGAUUCUCAACUCGGAGGACAUCGCCAUGCAGCUACCGCGACUGUCCACGCUCUUCGAGAAGGUGGACCGCACAUGGCGGCGUAUCAUGGGCAACGCUCACGCGCAGCCAAACGCACUCGAGUACUGCAUUGGCACGAACAAGCUCUUGGACCACCUGCGCGAGGCGAACCGACUCCUCGAAGAGGUUCAGCGGGGCCUGAAUGACUACUUGGCGGACAAGCGGCAGACGUUCCCGCGUUUCUACUUCCUCUCUGAUGAGGAACUUCUGGAGAUUUUGUCGCAGGCGAAGGAAGUGCGCCGCAUCGACCCGAACAUCGCGAAGCUGUUCGAGGGCAUCCACCGCCUCCAGUGGAAAAACAUCCACCCCGACGAGGCGCGUGCCGCGGAUGCGGGAGGCGAGGAGUGCAGGGAUGCGGUGGCAGCGGACGUGGAGACGAUCACCGGCUUCUACAGCGGCGAGGGCGAGUACAUUCCAGCGGUGAAGUCGGUGGUGCCGCACGGCAACGUGGAAGAUUGGCUGAAGCUUGUGGAGAAGAUGAUGAAGGACAGCGUGCAUGCGCAGGUGAAACGCGCCUUUGAGGCGUACCUUAGCACGCGUCGCAGCGAGUGGGUGCUGCAGUGGCCUGCGCAGGCGGUUAUUGCGGUGGCGCAGAUCUACUGGACCCAAGGCUGCGAGGAGGCCCUCACUACGAAGGGCGAGGUGGAUGGCUACACAAAAGUGUUAGACAGGCAGCUGCGGCAGCUGGUGGAGGUGGUUCAGUCGCCGUUGACGGCGAUGCAGCAGAUCAACAUGGGCGCGCUCAUCACAAUCGAGGUGCAUGCCAAGGACACCGUGGACAGCAUGCAAGCAGCGAAGGUGUCGAGCACGCAGUCCUUCGAGUGGAUGAAGCAGCUUCGCUUCUACUUCGACCACAGCGACGACUUCUGCCACAUUCGCCAGGUCGACACCCACUUCGUUUACGGCGGCGAGUACCUCGGCAACACGGCCCGCCUGGUCGUGACUCCGCUAACCGAUCGCAUCUAUCUGACCUUGACAGGUGCCCUGGCGCUGUGCCUCGGCGGCGCGCCCGCCGGCCCCGCUGGUACCGGGAAGACGGAGACGACGAAGGAUCUGGCCAAGGCACUUGCCAAGCAGUGCGUCGUCUUCAACUGCCAGGAGGGUAUGACGUACCGGUCAAUGGGCAGGUUCUUCAAGGGUCUCGCCUGGACUGGCGCGUGGGCGUGCUUCGACGAAUUUAACCGUAUCGACGUCGAGGUGCUCUCCGUCGUGGCGCAGCAGGUGACGGACUUGCAGCAGGCAUGCUCCACCAAGCAGUACCGCAUUCUUUUCGAGGAGAGCGACAUCCUCGUCGACCCCACCCACGCCGUCUUCAUCACCAUGAACCCCGGCUACGCCGGCCGCACGGAGCUGCCGGAUAACCUGAAGGUGCUGUUCCGCCCCGUGGCAUGCAUGGUGCCAGACUACGCCAUGAUUGGUGAGAUCCGGCUCUUCUCCUACGGCUACCAGAACGCGCGCGCCUUGGCGCAGAAGAUGGUCAUGACGUUCAAGCUGAGCUCUGAGCAGCUCUCGUCGCAGGACCACUACGACUUUGGUAUGCGCGCUGUCAACACCGUUAUCUCGGCAGCCGGGCUAAACAAGCAGGAGCGGCCCGACGGAGACGAGGAUGAGCUGCUGCUGCGUGCGCUGCGCGACUCGAACGUGCCGAAGUUCCUCAAGGACGACAUUCUCCUUUUCGACGGAAUCAUAAGCGACCUGUUCCCCGGCACGGCCUUGCCGCAGAGCGACUACGGAGCCGUGGUGCAGGCCCUGACAGCAGCCAUCGAAGAGGCGCACCAGCAGCCCGUCUCUGCCUUUGUUCAAAAAUGCUUGCAGUUGUACGACAUCACCAUGCUGCGUCACGGCCUCAUGCUCGUCGGCCCGGCUGGCAGUGGCAAGACGGCGUCUUUCACAGCGCUGCAGCGUGCCCUGACCGACUGUGCGGCCCGCCAAGCGAAGGGCAACGACUUUGGCUCGCGCCGCAUUCAGAAGGUGUUCACGCACAUCUGCAACCCGAAGUCUGUCACGAUGGACCAGCUGUACGGCGCCUACGACGAAAACGGCGAGUGGAAGGAUGGCGUGCUAUGCGUGCUGUUUCGCUGCGCCGCCCGAUACGGUGACGAGGGCAACCUCAUCGGCAAGCACUGGGUGAUGUUCGACGGCCCUGUUGAUGCGCUGUGGAUUGAGUCGAUGAACACCGUCCUGGACGAGAACAAGAAGCUCUGUCUCGUCUCCGGUGAAAUCAUCCAGAUGAGUCGCGACAUGACGAUGAUGUUCGAGGUGGAGGAUCUCGCCGUGGCGUCACCGGCUACCGUGUCUAGGUGCGGCAUGAUCUACCUCGAUCCCGCCACGUGCGUCCCUAUCUCCGCGCUUAUCGCGAGCUGGAUCGUGGCGCUGCCGCCCUACCUGGGGUCCCAGCGUGAGACACUGAAGAGGCUGGCGAACACAUACGUCGAGGAGCUCGUGCAGCUGGUGCGCAGUGGCGCCGUGCACGAGUACGUCACCUCGACCACCAGCGGCCUCGUGCACUCCUUCUUCCACAUGAUGGAGGGGUACGUGAAUAGCUUCGAGGUAGCCAAAUCGACUUCAGGACAGCUGCAGGUGUCACCGGAACGUCUGGCCGUCAUGGCGGGCGCGGUGCCACCGCUCUUCUUCUUCUCGUUGGUGUGGAGCAUUGGCGCUACAUGCGACGAGGCAGGACGCCAGCGCUUCUCCGCGACGCUGUGUCGACUCGCGGAGGCGAAUAGUGACACUCAGUGGCUGCCGCUUCUGCCAGCCGAGGACACGACCGGCAGCGGCGGCGCGGAAGUGUUUUUGUACGACUACGUUUACCGCUACGACCCCGCCGGAGUGAUGGAGGAGGACGUCUUCGUGGCUGCCGACGGCGAUGACGGCAGCGGUGCUCCUGCGCUCUCGCCGUCUGUGGCGGGGAAAUGGGUGAACUGGAUGUGCGAGCAGCCAACACUGGAAAUUCCCAACGGGGCGCGCUUUGACGACAUCAUUGUCCCGACAAUCGAUAGCACACGGCAAAACUACGUGCUGCAGCACUUGAUGGCGCAGAAGGUCAACGUCGCCGCUGUUGGCCCGACUGGCACCGGCAAGUCCAUUUCACUCGCACGUCUUGUGCUCGGCGGCGGCAUGCCGGCCAGCUUUCUUGGCCUCAACUUCACUUUCUCGGCGCAGACGAAGUGCACGGUGCUGCAGAAUUCACUGAUGGCCAAGCUUGAUAAGCGGCGCUCGCACGUCUACGGCGCCCCUACCGGUAAGCACUUUCUCAUCUUCAUUGACGACGCGAAUCUGCCGCAACCAGAGAAGUACGGGGCGCAGCCCCCGGUGGAGCUGCUGCGGCAGAUGCUCGCCCAGGGCGGCUUCUACAACUUUACUGGCGGCAUCAAGUGGUCCUCCAUCAUCGACUGCUCGCUUGCGCUGGCGAUGGGCCCGCCUGGCGGGGGCCGCAGCCGGGUCUCGAACCGCUUUAUGCGCUACUUUAAUUACCUUUCCUUCCCCGAGAUGUCGGACACGUCGAAGCGAACGAUCUUGCAGGCCAUCCUCACCGGCGGCCUCGCGCAGAGCGGCCUCGCUGACCGCCUCGCGAACGUCGCUUCCGCCGUGGUCGAUAGCACGCUGCGUGUGUUUCGCAAGUGCACCCAGGUCUUUCUGCCGACCCCGGCGCAUGUGCACUACUCCUUCAACAUGCGGGAUGUGAUGCGUGUCUUUCCCCUCUUGUACAUGGCGGACAAGUCGGUGCUGCAGUCCGAGGAGUCCGUCGUGCGGUUGUGGAUGCACGAGAUGCACCGCGUCUUCUACGAUCGCCUCGUCGACUCGACAGACAAGAGUCUGUUCAUUGAGUACCUCAAUGCCGAGCUGCCGUCCAUGGGCGUGGGCAAGUCCUACAACGAGGUAGUGAAGGCUGACCGCCUCAUCUUUGCCGACGUGCUGAGCGACAAGGGCGUGUACGAGCAGAUUACCGACAUGAACGCCCUCACGGCGCGCAUGAAUGAGCUGCUGGAGACGUACAAUGACGAGAAUGAAGUGAAAAUGAACCUCGUGCUCUUCCUCGACGCCAUCGAGCAUGUCUGUCGUAUCUCGCGCGUGCUGCGACUGCCGAACGGGCACUGCCUCCUCCUCGGCGUUGGCGGGUCGGGACGCAAGUCACUCACGCGCCUCGCUUGUUCGCUGAUUGCCGAGAUGGAGGUGUUCACGAUUGAGCUGUCGAAGAACUUCGGUGUGAAGGAAUGGCACGAGAGCCUGGCGAAGUUGCUGCUCGAGUGCGGCAAGGACGAAAAGAAGCGGACGUUUCUCUUCGCAGACACCCAGCUGGUGCAUCCGACCUUUCUGGAGGAUGUGGCGGGCCUGCUCACAUCGGGUGAUGUGCCGAACCUCUUUGAGGACCAAGAUAUCGAGCUCAUCAACGACAAGUUUCGCGGCGUCUGCCUAAGCGAGAACCUGCCAACGACGAAGGUGUCGGUGUACGCGCGCUUCGUGAAGGAGGCGCGGGCCAACCUACACCUUGUCCUCGCCUUCUCUCCCGUCGGAGAGGCGUUUCGCAGCCGCCUGCGCAUGUUUCCGUCGCUCAUUGCGUGCUGCACGAUUGACUGGUUUGCCGAGUGGCCAUCUGAGGCGCUGCUGUCGGUAGCCGCAGUGCAGUUGAACGCCGGCGACGUUACGGACGUCGUGGGGGCUGCCAACCACGCCAACUUGCCGGGCUGCUUCCAGGCAGUUCAUCGCGCGGCGGCGGAAGUGACGGAGCGCUUCUUCACAGAGACGCGUCGUCGCUCGUACGUGACGCCGACGUCCUAUCUGUCACUCCUCUCUAACUUCAGAGCGAUGGCAGCGGAAAAGCGCCGCUUCGUUCGCGAGCAGCGCGGCCGCCUCGAGAAGGGGCUGGAGAAGCUGCGGCACACAGAGGUGCAGGUGGCGGAGCUGGAGGCGCAACUCAAGGCGCAGCAGCCGGUGUUGGUGGAGAAAAAGACGGAGAUUCAGUCCAUGAUGGAGCGGCUGACGGUGGACCGAAAGGAGGCGGCGGUGAAGGAGGCGGACGCGCGCAGGGAGGAGGCGGAGGCCUCCGUGAAAGCGGAGGAGUGUGCCAAGAUGCGACGCGAGUGCGCCGAGCGCCUGGCGGAGGCGGAGCCGGCUCUGGCGGAGGCUGUAAAGGUGUUAUCCAAGAUCAAAGCAGCGGAAAUUUCGGAGCUGAACAAGUACGCGAAUCCGCCCAAGGGCGUGCAAUACGUCAUGGAGGCCGUCGCGUUGCUGCUCACAUUUGGCAACUGCCCGAAGGAGUUCUACAGUGGUCCUCCGGGUGGUCGCAAGGUACCAGACUGGUGGCUGUGCGCGAAGUCCUACAUGCGAGACGCGAAUCGGUUGCUAGACUUGCUCGUGCAGCCGCCGGAGAAAGGUGGCUUCAACCGCGAGGCAAUGGACGCGGCGCUGAUGGAGAAGGUACGCGUCUACUACGACAACGAGGAGUUCCAGCCGGAGAAGGUGAGGGCGGUUUCUCUGCCAUGCAUGGCCAUGUGCCAAUGGGUGCGCGCCAUGUACAAGUGGUUCUUUGUGAAUCGCGAGAUUCAGCCGCUGCGCGAGAGGCUUGCUGCGACGGAGGCGGAGCUGGCUGUGGUGACGGAGGCCCUGCGCGCCACCCAGGCAACGCUUGACCGCGUCAUUGCUGCCGUGGCGGCGCUCGAGAAGAAGUACGACGACGCCCUCAACGCGCAGGCGGCGCUCGAGGCCGAGGUGGAGCGCACAUCGCUGAAGCUGCAGCGCGCGGCGAGGCUGAUCGACGGCCUCGGCGGAGAGAAGGGCCGCUGGGCCACGCUGGUGGAGCAGUACAAGGAACAGGAGUGCUACAUUGUCGGCGACAUGGUGAUUGCGGCGGCCACGGUGGCCUACUGCGGACCUCUCACGGCACCCUAUCGCAAUGACGUGCGUCGGCAGUGGAAGGCACAUCUCACCGCGGCGAAUGUGGAGACAAGCGCCGACUUUGACCUCGUUUCGACCUCAGGCGACGCGGUGCAGAUACAGGAGUGGCAGCUGUGCGGCUUACCGACGGACGCGCUGUCCACCGAGAACGCUAUCAUCCUCGCCAACUCCCGGAACUGGCCGCUGCUCAUCGACCCGCAGGGACAGGCGAAUGCGUGGGUGCGCAAUAUUCACCGCAACGACAACAUGCAGGUGUGCAAGGCGUCAAACGACAAGUUCAUGAAGACUGUCGAGAACGCGAUUCGCCUGGGGCUGCCGUGUCUGAUCGAGAACGUCGGCGAGUCGAUCGACGCUGCGCUGGAGCCGCUGCUUCUGAAGAACAUCUUCCUCAUUGGCAGCACUCCGCAUGUCCGCAUCGGGGACAGCGCCAUCCCGUACGACCGCAACUUCAAGCUGUACCUCACGACGAAGCUGCCGAACCCGGUUUACACGCCCGAGGAGAUCGUUACCGUGUCACUGCUAAACUUCUUCAUUACCCAGAGCGGGCUGGAGGAGCAGCUGCUCGGCAAGACGGUGGAGAAGGAGCGGAACGACCUCGAGCUGGAGAAGCAGCGGCUCACCCGGUCCAACGCAGAGAAGAACUGCGAGCUGAAGGACCUUCAGGCCAACAUUCUCGUUCUGCUCGAGCAGGCGGAGGGCGACAUCCUGGAGCAGGAGGAGCUCAUCAUCACGCUGGAGAAGAGUAAGGCCAAGUCUAUCGAGAUCAACGAGGAGCUGGGCAAGGCGAAGGCCAUGGAGACAGUGAUUGAUGAGACACGUAACAAGUACCGCCCGCACGCGGAGCGCGGCUCGCUGCUGUUCUUCUGCGUCUCGCAGCUCGCCAUUGUCGACCCUAUGUACCAGUUCUCCUUGCAGUGGUUCAUGAACCUGUUCCUCAACGCCGUGGACAAUGCCUCGCAGGUGCCCGCAGCGAAGGAGGUGGCGGAGGACGACAGCGGCAGCGCGGAGGACGUGGUGGAGGUGCGGGUGCACAACUUGAUGGACUACUUCACCUACUCCUUCUAUAGCAACGUGUGCCGCUCCUUGUUUGAGAAACACAAGCUGACGUUUUCGUUUUACCUCUGCGCCAGCCUCGUGCAGCACAGCGGGGCCUUGGUGGAUGCUGAGUACCGGUUCCUGCUCACCGGCCCCACCGGCAGCGUCCCGGCCGAUGCCCUGGCCAACCCCGCUUCGUCGUGGAUGACAGACAGCAGUUGGGCCGAGGUGCUCUUCCUUAGCAAGCACCUCCCCAGCUUUGCCGGCUUUGCCGAGCACGUGCGCGACUACAUCGAGCACUACAAGGACCUGUUUGACAGCAACGAGGCGGACACGUUCCCCCUCGCGGGUGAGUGGCGUGAGAAAGUGACACCGAUGCAGCGACUGGUCGUGAUGCGGUGUUUCCGGGUAGAUAAGGUAGCGCUGGCCAUUCAGCACUUCAUUGAGCACUACAUGGGCAGUCGAUACAUUGUGGUGCCGCAGUUCGACUUGAUGGACGCCUACAAGGACAGUGAUUGCCUGACGCCGCUCAUCUUCAUCAACUCUGCUGGGUCAGACCCGAUGAACGACCUGCUGCGCUUCGCAGAGACGAUGCGGAUGUCGAAACGGCUGGACAAGGUGUCGCUUGGCCAGGGGCAAGGCAAGAAGGCGGAAGAGCUGAUCCGUGGCGCGCGGGAGAAGGGACAGUGGGUACUGCUGCAGAACUGCCACCUCGCCUCGUCCUGGAUGCCGACGCUGGAGUCCAUUGUGGAGAGCUUUACCGUGGAGACGGUGAAGAAGGAGUUCCGUCUGUGGCUGACGUCGAUGCCGUCACCCAGCUUCCCGGUGGCCGUGCUGCAGACGGCGGUGAAGAUGACGAAUGAGCCGCCGAUGGGGCUGCGGGCGAACGUGACGCGCUCCUACUACGGCUUCACCCCCGAGGACCUCGAGCAGGAGGAGAAGCCCGCGGAGUUCAAAAAGAUGGUGUUCGCCCUAUGCCUUUUCCACGGUGUCAUCCAAGAGCGUCGGAGGUUCGGCUCCCUCGGGUUCAACAUUGCCUACGAGUUCAACGACUCGGACCGCAACGUCUGUCUGCUGCAGCUCCGCAAGUUCUUGUCCCUGUAUGACUCCAUCCCAUACGACGUGCUGACCUUUCUGACUGGCGAGAUCAACUACGGUGGCCGUGUCACGGACGACUGGGACCGUCGCUGUCUCAUGACCCUCAUCCAGCACUUUGUCAAUCCGGAGGUACUCCAGGACGGGUACGCCUUCUCGCCAUCAGGUCUCUACCACACCCUCGAGUCUGGCAAUCGCAAGCACUACCUCAGCUACCUCGACUCGUGGCCUCUGAACCCACAACCAGAGAUUUUUGGCCUGCAUGAGAAUGCCGAUAUCACGUGCGCGCAGAACACGACGCACAGCAUCCUGUCAACGGUCCUGGCGCUGGAGUCACGCGGCGGUGUCGGUACAACGUCGAGCUCACGGGAGCAGCUGCUGACUGCCACGGCGACGGAGAUUUCGACGAAGCUGCCUCAGUUGUUUGACAUGGCCGCCUUCACUGCCAAGUACCCGACCAAGUACGAAGAGUCCAUGAACACGGUGCUGGUGCAGGAGGCUGGCCGCUACAAUCGCCUACUCAAGUUCAUCCACACGGGCCUGGCCGAAUUCCUCAAGGCUGUGCGAGGUGAGGUUGUCAUGUCAGCGGAACUAGAGGAUGUCGGCUCGAGUUUCUUUGUCAACAGCGUGCCGGUGUCCUGGAGUGCGCUGGCCUACCCGUCGCUGAAGCCGCUGUCGAAAUGGGUAGAGGACCUGGUGAGGCGUGUGCACUUCAUUGCGGACUGGUACGCGUAUGGACCGCCGGCCGCCUUCUGGUUCGGCGGCUUCUUCUUCCCGCAGGCAUUCCUGACCGGCACGCUUCAGAACCACGCCCGUAAGGUGCACCAGGCCAUCGACAGCAUCUCCUUUCAGUUUAGCCUGCAGGAUGUGUCACUGGACCACAAAACGGUACCCCGACCGGACAAGGGAGCGCUGGUGUACGGCUUGUACCUGGAGGGUGCGCGGUGGGACUCGGAGCAGCACUCACUGGUGGAGUCUCGCCCCAAGGAGCUCUACGUUGAGAUGCCGAUCAUUCUCUUGGACCCCGUGGUAAACCGCACCCGCAACACCGACGACUACGUCUGCCCGGUAUACAAGACACUGACGCGUGCUGGCACGCUCAGCACGACGGGGCACUCUACGAACUUUGUUCUCCCUAUUGAGGUUCCGACCAAGGUGGACCCGGCGCACUGGAUCGAGCGCGGUACCGCCUGUGUGGUGUCACUCAAUUACUGA